AUGAGGUUGACUGAACGUGUUGCUCUUGCGGCAGAUUUUUUGGCGUGCUUCGUCACGCUUCUCGCCGCUCCUCAAGGCGCCGCCGCCCAGAACGCGUUUCUCGUCGCCAAAGCCAGGAAUCUGCGCGCCGCUGCAGAUCAAGUGGCGACGGACCUGAAAACCGCGCAAGCGGACGCCGCCAAAAACGCGGACGAAGUAGCCAACUCCACGCAAGCGCUGUCCGAUCUCCAGAGCCCGGACGAUUCGGCUCUCAACGACCUCGUUACAAGCGUCUCUAACACAAACAGUAGCGUCUCGGAUGCACAGUACGACCUCGAUAUCGCAAACAAGAUUCUUGCUCUUCGGAUCGCGGACCUCGCGGCGUUCAAGGCUGAUCCGUCGAAGCACCCGCAAAUCCCGGCGGCGCAAAAGGCGGUCAGCGACGCUACUCGACGCGCGAGCAUGACGACGGCCCUGCUACAGGAAUGGCGGAACGUCGUGCAGGAGGCCGCGCAAGCGGAAGCUGACGCGGAAAAGGCUCUUAAUGAGAACCCCUCGCCCGUGGAAGAGGCGGCGCUCGCGGAAGCGCAGAGUUCGCGGAAAUCUGUGGAGGAGGUUUAUCCGGACAUCGUGGCGCAAGAUCAGCGCGCGCAGGCGCGGCUGGGGCGCGCGCGAAUGGAAUUGAACGAUUUGAUGACGCUCGGUCCGCAGGUCGAGAGCGUUUUUCAGAUGGCAGUGGACGAUGCAAGAGCUGCGGUUAGCGUCGCCAGCCAGGUGUACAACGACUUGCUAGCUGCUCUCGCUGACGCGCAAAAGUCUGUUGACGAUUACCAGGCGAAGAAGCAAAAGGCGCAAUAG